CGCAAAAUGCCUCUUCGCAUGUUGAGGUACUUCUUCGGCGGGCCGGAGAAGCCACCUCCUCCGCCUAUUGACCCAAAGCCUUGGGACGGCUUCCACCAACUCGUCGAGGUGCCAGACGGCACGACACAAAUUCCCCGCAACGCCUUUCACGCCAAGUCGUGCCUGCAACGAGUCACACUCCCGAACUCGCUCGUCUAUGUUAGUAAAGGCAGCUUCAUGAACUGCAGCGGGCUCCUGUCGAUUGUCAUCCCUGACGGCUGCUCUGUCGAGCAGCACGCCUUCCAGAAUUGCGGCGUCAGGUCUGUACUCCUUCCCGCCGGCCUCAAGGAGAUCAGACAAGGCACGUUCGUCGGAUGUAAGAGACUCCGGGACAUCAACAUUCCCGCCAGUGUGGAGCGCAUCCACCGGACCGCCUUCCUCUGGUGCCACGACCUGAACCACAUCCGCCUUCCCGACGGCCUCAUCAGCAUCGGAAGAUCGGCCUUCUCCCACAACAGCUCCCUCGCGUCCAUCACCUUCCCCGCCAGCCUCACGCUGAUCGAGCACAGCGCCUUCUCGAGCUGCAGCGCCCUCAAGCAGGUCGUCGUCCCGACCACCACAGAGAUUGCGGACCGCGCCUUCCAUCCGUGCACCAGGAUCGUCCGCCUCCCACCCGCACGGAUGCGCGCGCGGCAGAACUGGCACGCGGCGGUGCCAGACGGCACGACACAAAUUCCCCGCAACGCCUUUUACGCCAAGUCGUGCCUGCAACGAGUCACACUCCCGAACUCGCUCGUCUAUGUUAGCCAAGGCAGCUUCAUGAACUGCAGCGGGCUCCUGUCGAUUGUCAUUCCUGCCGGCUGCUCUGUCGAGCAGUACGCCUUCCAGAAUUGCGGCGUCAGGUCCGUACUCCUUCCCGCCGGCCUCAAGGAGAUCAGACAAGGCACGUUCGUCGGAUGUAAGAGACUCCGGGACAUCAACAUUCCCGCCAGUGUGGAGCGCAUCCACCGGACCGCCUUCCUCUGGUGCCACGACCUGAACCACAUCCGCCUUCCCGACGGCCUCAUCAGCAUCGGAAGAUCGGCCUUCUCCCACAACAGCUCCCUCGCGUCCAUCACCUUCCCCGCCAGCCUCACGCUGAUCGAGCACAGCGCCUUCUCGAGCUGCAGCGCCCUCAAGCAGGUCGUCGUCCCGACCACCACAGAGAUUGCGGACCGCGCCUUCCAUCCGUGCACCAGGAUCGUCCGCCUCCCACCCGCACGGAUGCGCGCGCGGCAGAACUGGCACGCGGCGGUCGACGCGGCGCUCGCCUACAAGCGCUGCCGCCCUCAGCUCUACGGCUGGCUCGAGCGGGCGCAGAACCGGCUCGGGUCCUAUGGCCCCGACGGCGCGGCGCGCAAGCGCGACCGCGAGGAGUUUGAGCGCGACCGGCUGCUCUCCCCGUUCGUCACGCGGGCAAGCUCGAGUGAGGAGCAUGCUGGCCAAGGGUCGCUAAUACGAGCUGCAAGUGCCUCUUCAAGUGGCCUCGUUCCUCGGCCCUCGGUCCGCUUCGCCGCCGGACUCGACGUCGUCGUACGAAACGAGCUACGCGGGGGGGCCGCAGACUCACUUGGAGUGGAGCCUCUACGACGAGAGCGCCGCCCCUCUCGGACAGUUCACCCUCGCCUGCGCGCCUUUGGGGUGGGUGGGUCAUUAGGAAUGGUCUGUCGGGGCCACAUGUCUGGUGUUUACUAGCUCCGAGUAGAGGGGGCGUUCUGCUGCUAGGGGAAACCCGGAGCGCGGUACUAGCCCCUGACUCUGUCUCUGAGCCGCUGCGCAGUCGGCCUAGUUUGUUUUGUGUUUAUUAGCCAAACUGUUAGC